GAAGUGGUGGUCACUUCCCCAAAAGGUGAUCCAAGGGACAACUUCACGCAAAGUGCCUUCUCUUGAUUCUGCAAUGACAAAAGUAUACACCGAGGCAGGGGGGACUGAUAAGAGGCACCCUUAUUGGCCACGCAGUCUGUCCAUCCCAAACUACACUGAAAAUGAUCGGUCCAUGGUUGAGAUCCUUACCUUCCUCUUCUCAGUAUCGGGAUUGCUACUUUUUGUCACCUGGAUGGUGACAGGGCGGGACGUGGCUGGUCUUCAGGCAGGCAGGAGGCUUUCAGUUGCUCGAAGGCUAGCUCUGUGCUGGUUUGCCGUAUGUGGCUUCAUCCACGGCAUCAUUGAGGGGUGGUUCUGCUUAUAUUACUCCAUCAUACCUUCUGAUCAGAGUUUCCUCUCUCAGCUGUGGAAAGAAUAUUCAAAAGGGGACAGCAGAUACGUCAUAGCGGACAACUUCACUGUAUGCAUGGAAACUGUGACAGCAGUCUUCUGGGGACCCUUCAGUGUCUGGAUUGUCCUGGCAUUUCUCUACAACCACUCCUAUCGCUUUGUCCUUCAGCUGAUCGUCUCCUUAGGCCAACUGUACGGAGCAGUGUUGUACUUCUACACGGAGCACAGAGAAGGCUACGCUCACAGUCAGCUGGGACACCCCAUCUACUUCUGGUUUUACUUUGUAUUCAUGAACUUGCUGUGGAUUGUCCUUCCUUUGCUUCUGAUUGCGGAUGCCUGGACAAACCUUUCAUCUGCUCAGACCCUUUCCGACAAUAAGGUGAGGGGCAAGGAGAAGACGAAGAGACAGUAGAGGAAGAAGCAGGGAAGGGAAUUUUGGUGGUUUGUAGUAGAAAUGGGGUGAAAUGGGAAUUCCAGAAUCCAUAAUCAAUGAUUUUUUUAUGCAAUGGUACUGUAUGAAUGGUGAAAGAACUUAAAAUUUAUUCCAGUUCACUUUGCAAUUUUAUAGUCAGUUUUAUACCAUUGAUUUUUGUAGGAAUUGUUCUCAUUAUUGCAUAGAGACCUAGCCGACGGUAUUUUUAAUGUUAUUGUGCAUCCGUUAAUAAAUCGUCCAUUUGUACAA